AUGUCGUAUGCAUUGCAAAUUUGUAAAAACUUUUGUAAAACUAAAACCAUUUAUGUUCCAAGAAGAUCACUUUUCAAAUGGGUGUAUCUACAGUUUAAUGCUUUAGAUGAAGAUCGUAGAAAAAAAUUGGGUGCUGACCGUACUUGUGCUGAGUGGAUCUUGAGGAACGGUGGCAAAGUAAAGUUUGUCAACAGGGAUGAAGAAGAAGCAGAUUAUAAUAAUCUUCCGGAGGAAGAUGUUCAGGUUCGUUUGCAAGAAAUUAAUGCCAGUGGUACUAGCAUUAUGGCUGAAGGAUUUAUACAUCUUGAGGGUUGUAAAUCUAUUGACAAAUUAAUUUUACAUGAGUGUCAAUAUUUGGAGGAUAACGCACUAAACGAAUUAAAUUUUAUUUCAAAUUCGCUACUAUUCCUGCAAGUUUCCAGGUGCCCAAAUAUUUCUGAUAACGGACUUUUAUAUUUAACUCAUCUCAAGAAUUUAAGGCAUUUAAUCAUUUUUGGUUUAACUUAUGUUAGAGACAAACCAAAAGUAUUAAAAACAUUACAAGAUGAAUUAAAACAGUGUCAAAUAAAAUUUGAUUAAAUUAUUUUAAAAAUAUUUGUUUAAUCCUUUGAAAGAAUUGAUAUUCUGAAUGCUUCUUAGAAAAUUUUUAUUUUGUAUUAAAUAAACAUGCUUUGUAAA